UUCGUGAAUUCGCUGUUCUUCUCUGCCUCUCGAAUCCUCUCAAACCUCUAUCUUUCUUCGAAUUUUGCCCGAUUUCUGCGUCUCAUCUCGAUCUCAUCCAUAAAACUGGUAUCUUGCGAGGUUUCUGGGCUCCUUUUGGUGGUGAUUCGCCGUUUUUCCGGCGACCCGCUGCGCUUCCUUGGCCUCCAAAGUCGGGCUUCAGUGGGCGGCUCUGGUUGUGAGGCCUUGGCGGAGAAACGGUCGGAUCGGCAGUGGGGAUGGUCCUUUGGAGGCCGUGGCAGCCGCUGUUGACUAGGAAGUUCCAGGUGAGGCUGGUCGUGCGGAGGAUCGAAGGGGUGAGCGUCGAUGGGGCGGCGGCGGUGGUGGCGGAGGUAACGUGGAAGGGGGCGAAGGCAGCGCUGAGUUCGCUGAGGAGGACGGUGAGGCGGAACCGGACGAGGAAUGAGGCGGUGGGGGAAGGCGGGGUAGUGGAUUGGAACGAGGAGUUCGAGACGGCGUGCACGCUGACGGCGCACCGGGAGAAUGCUUUCCAUCCUUGGGAGAUCGCGUUUCGCGUGCUCAAUGGCUUGAACCAAGGACCCAAGAACAAGGAAUCUGUUCUAGGAACGGCUUUGCUGAACCUAGCAGAGUUUGUUGUACCUGCAGCUGAAGAUAAAAUCGAAAUAAACCUUCCGUUGAUACUUUCGGGAGUUGCUUCUAAUCAUCAUCGUCCAUCAAUUCAUGUGGCUCUCAGUUUAUUGGAGUUGAGAUCUUCACAAAACUCAUCAGCCACAAUGCCACAGCCUAUACUGCCUGCUUUGGAGCCCCCUUCCUCUGGGUAUUUUCUUCCUUCUGGGAAAGAUGAACCUUCUGCUCUCAAAGCAGGAUUGCGGAAGGUGAAAAUUUUAACAGAUCUUAUGUCAACUCUCAAGUCUAAAAGAACAUCCCAAGAUGAUGAUUCUAGUGAGGGGAGGUUCUCUGCUAGGAGUGAUAAUGCCGAAAAUGCAUACUCGUUCGACACAGACUCUCUUGAUGACAACAUUGAUGAAGAAGAUGUCGAGGACAGCAACGAGGAUAGUAAUGUCAGGAAGUCAUUCAGUUAUGGUACUCUAGCAUCUGCUAACUAUGUUGGGGCCUCAUUUUACUCGGGCAUGAGGAAUGAUAAUUUGAUUUACUACAGUCACCGAAGAUCUGAUGUAGGUUGUUCUCAUUUAGAGGACGCAAUGUCAACUGAUGCUCAGCAGUCUAUGCCGCAUUCUUUAAAAAGGAAAAUUCUUCCUUGGAAAAAAAGGAAGUUAAGUUUUAGAUCUCCUAAGCUUAAAGGGGAGCCUUUGCUCAAGAAAGCAUAUGCAGAAGAGGGAGGGGAUGACAUCGACUACGAUCGUAGGAUGCUGAGCUCCUCUGAUGAAUCUCUGUUUGCAGGGAGAUACAAGGAAGAUGAUGAUAGUGCUCGGAACUGCUCAUCAUCAAUGUCUGAAUUUGGUGAUGAUAACUUUGAGAUAGGCAAGUGGGAGUUGAAGGAGCUUCUGAGCCGUGAUGGGCAUAUGAAGCUUGCCACCCAGGUAUUCUUUGCAUCCAUCGACCAGAGGAGUGAGCGAGCUGCCGGCGAGAGUGCUUGCACGGCCUUAGUCGCUGUCCUUGCUGAUUGGUUUCAGAAGAACCACCAUAUGAUGCCCAUCAAGUCCCAGUUUGACAGCCUCAUCCGAGAAGGAUCUCUUGAAUGGAGAAAUCUCUGUGAGAACCAAACAUUCCGGGAACAUUUUCCCGACAAGCAUUUUGACCUCGAAACAGUCCUUCAAGCAAAGAUUCGCCCACUCUGUGUUGUUCCAAGGAAGUCAUUCAUUGGAUUCUUUCAUCCUGAAGAUAUUGAUGGCAACAGUGACUUUGAAUUCCUGCAUGGAGCCAUGUCGUUUGACAGCGUUUGGGAUGAGAUCAGCCAAGCUCGGUCAGACCGCUCAAGCAUUGAAAGCCCUCAGAUCUAUAUAGUAAGCUGGAACGAUCAUUUCUUCGUCCUCAUGGUCGAACCAGAUGCCUACUAUAUAAUCGACACACUCGGCGAGAGGCUGUACGAAGGAUGCCACCAAGCUUACAUCCUGAAGUUUGAUGAGAGCACAACCAUUCAUAAAAUUCCUGCAGAGGGUGAGACUGCCAGCAGUGAGACCACGAUGAGUACAACAGGAGAGAAGGAAAAGGAAACGGAUCCCACAGAGGGGAAUCUUCUGUGCCGGGGGAAGGAGUCAUGCAUGGAGUACAUCAAGAACUUCUUGGCCGCAAUACCAAUCAGAGAACUGCAGGGCGAUAUCAGGAAAGGGCGAAUGUCUUCGACUCCUCUGCAUCACCGACUCCAGAUCGAAUUCCAUUACACCGAGUCAUCAACUGAUGCUAACUUUGCUGCAGUGUGGCCAGCAACGGAGGCCAUUUCUGAUUACUCCUGGCCGGCGGAGCCAGCAGUAGAUUUUAACCUGUCAACGGCGGUAGUGGUCGUGUAAGACAUUGGAGCGUGAUUAACUCAGGCAUAGCUGUUUCUCUCUUUCUAUUUGAAAGGAAGGGUAACAAAGGUGCCCAAAAAUAGCUCAUCUUUUAACCUCUGGCCAUAGGGGGCUUCAUUCUGCAUCUUUAACGAGUUUUGUUCCUCCAAAGUGUUUAAUCUCUCUUCAUUCUCCGAUCCUCGGUUUAAACAUAUGAAUUGCUGCUGUUUGUUGA